CAAAUCGGUCAACAACAGGACAUGGGUUCCUAAAGUAUACUCUCUCGCUCUCUCUCUCUCUCUCUCUCUCUCUCUCUCUCUAUCUGAUAAGAUGCUGAAGCUAUGGAAAUUGUACCAGCAUUGCCUAUCUUAUCAUCCGGUUAAGACCCAGAUCAUCAGCUCUGGAAUUCUUUGGAGCAUUGGUGAUAUUAGUGCUCAAUACAUCACUCACUCAACAGCACUCAGCCGCCUUAACAAUUCUCAGGAUGUAGAAUCAGAAUUCAAAAUCAAUUGGAAACGUGUAGCUAUCACUAGUCUGUUUGGCUUUGGCUUCGUCGGUCCAGUUGGCCACUUUUGGUAUGAAGGCUUGGACAGGCUUAUAAGGAUGAGGCUUCAACUGCAACCAAAGUCUGUGCGAUUUGUUGCUACUAAAGUGGCAGCUGAUGGCAUAAUCUUUGGCCCCUUUGAUUUGUUUGUGUUCUUCACUUAUAUGGGGUUUUCCACUGGCAAAAGUGUAACUCAAGUGAAGGAAGAUUUGAAGAGGGACUUCCUCCCAGCCUUGAUUUUGGAGGGUGCUGUAUGGCCAGUAGUUCAGAUUGCAAAUUUCCGGUAUGUGCCAGUGAGGUACCAACUCCUCUACGUCAAUAUGUUCUGCUUGUUAGACAGUGCUUUCUUGUCAUGGAUUGAACAACAAAAUGAUGCCCCUUGGAAGCAGUGGUUCACUUCAUUUCAGCCUUUGAAGGAACGAGGAGGUCAGGGCAGAUUAUGAGAAAAAAGGAUUACGUACUCUGCCUGCUGUAUUUUUCCUCCUGAGUUUACAUUGACAAGUUCACAAAUAACUAUCUGUGCAACUCCAGAAGGAUUACCAACAACCUGAAGUACAUAACAGCAGUUCUAGAAAUUGGGAUUUGGGAAAUGAAUCAAUUAAUUGCUUUCUAAUUGUAAAGUGUUUGAAUAAAAUUAGCCCCAGAAGUCCCUGAUGAAAUGGAAAACACAAUCAAGCCCUUUAUUUGUUAGGGCAUUUUGUUGCACCUUCAAAACUAUCCUGAGCUCUUGUCACAUCGCCAAUACAGGUUAUGACAGUGGAGUUUAUGUGAUAGGUUUACGAUGUUUUUUGUGUGAAAUUGUGAAUAAAUGAAUUUUGAACUCAA